UCUGUGGUCGUGUCAGUUGUGGAUUUGCACCUAACCCACUAGUAAACCCAAACGGAGUGUUUCAAGCUAUGAAAGCCUUUGUGUGUCUCUUGCUCAUCGGAGCGGCCAGUGUGACGGCUAAGCCUAAGCCCGGCGGAGGAGGUGGCUGGUCCUCUGGAGGAGGUGGAGGCGGUUGGUCAUCAGGAGGUGGUGGUCAUGGAGGCGGAGGAGACGUGCAAAUUAUAAAAGUAAUCACCGAGAAUGGCGGCGGAGGAGGAGGUGGAUGGUCUUCAGGAGGCGGCGGGGGAGGAGGUGGAUGGUCUUCUGGAGGUGGCGGGGGUGGCUGGUCCUCAGGGGGAGGCGGCGGGAGCGGCAGCGAUGUUAAACUCAUCAAAAUCAUAAGUCUCGGAGGCGGUGGAGGAGGACAUGGUGGUGGAGGAGGAGGCUGGUCUUCAGGAGGAGGAGGAGGUGGCGGUUGGUCAUCAGGCGGAGGUGGUGGUCAUGGAAGUAGCGGAGGUGGCGGAACCAAAGUCAUAAAAAUCAUCAAGCUAAGCUCUGGAGGCCAUGGAGGUGGCGGCGGCCAUGGAGGCGGCGGUGGCGGCGGUUGGCAGCCAGCUGGAGGUUGGGCCUAAUCUUAGCCCAAGCCUUCAAAUCAAUCUUUAACCAGUUUUGUAAAUACUGUACAUAUGUAUCCCAGAUGAAAUUUUUUUUGUUAUUAUGUUACUUACCUAAAUUAUAUAGCAAAUGACACUUGCUUGUAAUAACCAACUUGUUAAAUAAAUGUACCCCAGUACAAAUAGCAAUAUACAAGAGAAAAAGUGGAAGUG